AAAUAUUUAAGUAACAUGCUUACAUCGUGGAAUCAUGUUAACAUUAGCCACAAGCUUGAGGAUCAGCUGAUAAGGCAAAACAAACACAGCCUCAACCAAAGCUACAUCAUGAAGCUAAAUACGUCCUUACUUCUGUUUAUUAUAGCUUGCCUCAGCUCAAUCACCUCCAUACAGGGACAGGGCUUUCAGAAAUGUGAGGAGACAGCCUACCCUCCUGAUGACCAAUACGCAGUACCUCAGUAUGUGGUGGAUCUGGACCUUCCUCCCCUGCAGCGGUGGUCGGCACUCAUGAGAGAGAAAGGUCCAAAGCUGGUGGCCCUGGUGGAUGAUGUCAAGGACCUCUUCAAGUCGCUCGUGGGGGAGAAGAUAUUUGAGAUCAUCUUCAAGAAUCUUGCUAAGGUGGCCACAACUCUGCCUUACCCCUUUUAUGAGGAGUUAGUCGGCAUCUCUACCUUCUCUGAGGUGCCGCUCAGUCUCAUCACCAUGUACAACAUUUUCUACGAGGCGUUUACACUGUGUACGUCCAUCAUCUCUCAGGACCCCAGUGGUCAGCUGUUCCACGGCAGGAACCUCGACACGGGAGUCUUCUUAGGAUGGGACAAGAAGAACCACACAUGGAAAGUAGCGGAACAACUGCGGCCACUGGCGGUCGAGCUGGAGUGGAGGAAGAACGGCACGGCUGUCUUCCGUUCCCUCAGCUUUGCCGGAUAUGUUGGCAUCCUGACUGGGGUGAAGAAGGACAAGUUCACCCUCUCCAUAAACAAAAGAUUCGCUCUUAAUGGUGGGUUUGUGGGGCUACUGGAGUGGAUUCUCUUCAAUGAUUAUAACCAGAGCUGGGUGUCAUUCCUGUCGCGUGAGAUCAUGGAGGAAGUCGAGAACUACGAGGAGGCACAGACCAGACUCAUCAAGACAAGACUUUUGGCUCCUGUUUACUUCAUACUGGGUGGAACACAACCAGGGCAGGGCUGCAUCAUCACUCGAGACAGAGACAACUCCAACCUUUUAACUCUUGGCUCUACAAAAACUGGAUCAGGGUCGUGGUACCUAGUGCAGACCAACUACGACCACUGGAAAAAGCCUCCGUUCUUUGACGACCGCAGGACACCGGCCAAUCGUUGUAUGACCGAGGGCGGGCCAAAUAAUGCAUCUCUGGGUCUAAUUUACAACGUUCUCUCGACCAAACCUGUGCUAAAUAAGGAGACUGUGUACACGGCACUGAUGCAAGCCAGCUCAGGGCAAGUCCACGGGUGGAUCCGCCAGUGUCCUGACCCGUGCUGGCCCUGGUGAGGACUUACUCUGGAAAGUAACAGAAAAGUAGAGUUCAAGUGAAGUUACAUUCCAUAGAAUAUAUUACCAUUAUUAUAGACUCUGCUGGCUUGAAGGGCCUUUUGAAACACUUGGGUGCUUCGACCAACUCCUUCCACUGUUGCUGACCUUCUACAAGUUCCUCUCAGAUAUAGGUCUUCAUUUAUCACAUCCUGUCAUCUGGUUCUUACACUUCUUCAAGGUCUUCUCCUCUGGUCUCACUCAUAAGCUGCUCAGGUGACUCUAUCAUCACUGACCGGGGAAACAUGACCUAGCCAUCUCAGUUGCAAUGACCUUGUGAAUCUUGAUGCCAGAGGCUGCUUGGUCAGACUAUGUAUCGUAUGUCUCUCUUAUGUUUCGUUGUCACCUCCGAGUGCCAUUAUCAUGUAUAAGGCUGCAUAUGCUUCAUAGGAUGUUGUCAAAAUGUAAUCGUUUAUUUUACAGUUUAUUAAUUAAGCAGAUUCCCUGCUUCUUAUAAGUUAUGACCACAGUACUUAUUCUGUAUCCCAGAGUAAACACACCAACACUCUUUUGUUGUCAUCACUUGUGCUUUAUGUGAAAUUACUUUACUUUAUCCUUUUCACCAGUGAUUGGCCUGUUAGCCACUCGAGCCAACCCAACCCAACCCCCAAACCUUUAGUACUGGGACACACUCCAGAUAUAAUGGACCCCAGUGCUGGAAGGCUGGGACCUAUUUGAACAGCAACUUUUUCUGUGACUUUGUUUUUUCACAGUAUUCUCUGCUCAAAGGAAAUAUACUGACAGAUUGGACAGUUAUAUACAGUAAAUGUGUCUUAGAGUCAGCUGUUAUAUAAAUUUGUCACAAACUCAAGUACUGUUUAGUAUUAUAUAAAUUUGUCUCAAACUCAAGUACUGUUUAGUAUUAUAUAAAUUUGUCUCAAACUCAAGUACUGUUUAGUAUUAUAGAAAUUUGUCACAAACUCAAGUACUGUUUAGUAUUUUAGAAAUUUGUCACAAACUCAAGUACUGUUUAGUAUUAUAUAAAUUUGUCUCAAACUCAAGUACUGUUUAGUAUUAUAGAAAUUUGUCACAAACUCAAGUGCUGUUUAGUAUUAUAUAAAUUUGUCUCAAACUUAGUGGCUAUAUAAAUAAUUUGCCAGACUCAACCGUUACUGGUAAAGUGUAUAGAUUGUUACAGCCUCAAUAAUUUACAACAUUGUCACAAAUAUAACUGUGAUAGAAAUUUGCCUAAAAGAGAUGACAGCUAUUAGACGUCCAUAGGUUUUGGAUAUUCAGUUAUUUUAAUAUUGUUUUGUAGGUAUUACUGUACUACACUUAUUACUGUUUUGUAUAUAUAACUGUACUACAAUUAUUGCUGUUUUGAAAUAUUGUUUCUUAUAAUAUCACUUAGAUGAUAAUUUAGCGAAAUUAUCAUAAUUUUAUUUCUCUUUCAAGGUUAAUUUCCGUAUAAUAAAGUUCUGAACACAGAAUAUUAACCCCUUGUGUACAGGGCUGCCUCUGAGCUGAAUAAAAUACAGUCGGUCCUCGACUUACGACUGGGUUAAGGACCGACGACCGGGUCGUAAGUUGAAAAUGCGAAAAUAAUAC